AUGGCUAAGUAUUUCGGCUGCAACCCAAAUAUAGGUGAAUACAUGAGCCUGACCAAUGCGGAUAACUGGGCGCUGUGGAUCAGCACCAGCUCCAACUGCAACGGCCAUGACUUCCUCUGCGGUUCUUCCGUUUCGAAGGGGGACUGCCAGACCGCCGCCAGCAGAUACGGCAACGACACCAUGUACUCGCAGUACACUUCCCAUUGGUUUAACUCUGAAUAUUGGGAAGGGUGCACCGCCAUCUUCCAGUGUGCGAACGAGUACCCGGCCGGCGGGAUCUCGGGCGCCGAGAUACAGGACUACUUCGCGGAGAUCUACACCUCGACCGCGGAAGGGGGUGCGGGUUGUGGGAUAUGUGGGAGCGUCUAUUUGAAAAAUGGGUGCGAGUUCACGUUUAAUGAGUGCGAUUAUCUGAGUUAUUUCGAAGAAGAACUGGCUGAUGAGAACGAUAUUAUCCCACUAGAUCAGAUAACACCGCAGACGUCACGUCCCAGGCCAAAGUAG